AUGCCCUCCGUGAGCCCUCCGUCCAUGCCUCCCUACUCAUGUGAAUCUCAUCAGGUCGUGAAAGCUCUGCACGACCUUCACACGAAGCUGCGGGUGAUCCACCGCGACGUGAAACCCUCCAACAUCCUCAUGAACCGCGCCAGCCAGGUGAAGAUGUGCGACUUCGGCAUCAGCGGCCAGCUCGUCGACAGUCUCGCAAAGACGGUGGAUGCCGGCUGCAAACCAUACAUGGCGCCAGAGAGAAUCAACCCGCCGCGUGACUACAAGGGCUAUGACAUAAAGUCGGAUGUGUGGAGUCUAGGCAUAUCCAUGGUAUGUACUCAAUCAAAUGUUUUAAAUAGCGCGUCUUUCUUAUGUAUUAUAUGUACGUAUUGGGACUUUUUUACACGUGAAACUCAGCAAUAUUGCUUGCAGAAGCUCUACAAGGACAGGCUCAACUACGUGCAGCUGCUGCAGCAUCCGUUCAUUAAGAAGCACCAGGACACCGACCAGGGCGACGUCGUCACGUUCGUCAACGAGGUUCUUGACUUCAUGGAACAGGACAGCGCAGCGCAGGCCGCCGCCAGCUAA